CCAUGCUUUCGUUGUGCUCUUAGCGCGCUGAUACGCUGAUACGUGCUUGCUUCCGACUCCCGCCGCUCCCGAUCGGCCAUCUCACUGUGUCCCUCGCGCAGCGCCCGCCAGUUUCACACGUCCAACAAUGGCGCAACACCGCGACGCCUCCGGGCCGGCGCCCGCCAACGGUGCCCCAUCACAGCCGCCGUCCAAGUCGGAAACCGCGACGCCGAAGCUGAACAAUGAGGUCGAGCUCGGCCAAUUACCGGGCGACCCGCCCCAGAACGACAUCAUGCAGUUAGCGCGGAUAGGGGACAUUGCCGCCAUGGAGAAGCUGUUCGAGUCGGGUGAAUACGACGCAACCUACAGCGACGACGAGGGCAUCACGCCGCUGCAUUGGGCGGCGAUCAACAACCAGUACGCCAUGUGCAAGUUCCUGAUCGAGCGCGGCGCCCCGAUCAACAAGAAAGGAGGCGAGAGUGUUGCCACGCCGCUUCAAUGGGCCGCCCAGCGCUGCCACUACUACACGGUGCACCUGCUCCUCCAGCACGGCGCCGACCCCCUCAUCACCGACGCCCAGGGCUACAACACGCUCCACAUCAGCACCUUCAACGGCAACCUCCUCCUGAUCAUCCUGCUCCUGCACCAAGGCAUCCCCGUCGACGUCGUGGACAGCUUCGGGCACACCGCUCUGAUGUGGGCGGCUUACAAGGGCUUUCCCGCGUGCGUCGAUGUGUUUCUGCGCUGGGGCGCAAGCGUGCACGCCAAGGACGAGCAAGGGUUCACCGCCCUGCACUGGGCGCUGGUGAAGGGCAGCCCCGGUUGCAUCCAGAAGCUGAUCGAGUACGGAUCCGACCGGUUCGCAAAGACGUCGACGGGGAAGACGCCGGCCAUCACCGCUCGAGAGCUCAACACGUCCGCGGCCUGGCACAGGGCGCUCAACGAGUGUGGCUACGACGAGGACGGACAUGCCAUCAUCCCGAGCUGGCCCGGCGCGAGCUACUUCCUGAAGGACAGGAGGGGGUUCACGACCAAGUUCUUCUUUUUAUGGCCUUUGGUCCUGGUCGGCGCCACGCUGUUCAUCCUUGCCGGCUUGCCCAUCUAUGCGGGUCUCCCAUUCGCGCUGCUGGCCGCCUACACAGUACAGUGGGUUGGAAGGCAGGUUCUGGAGUAUGCGCCGCCGGACAUGAGGCAGUUCGAGAGGACGCCGUGGAUGGCGGGCAUCUUCGCAUGUUCCCUCUUUCUGGUGGGGUUAAAUUGGCUCUUCACGAUCUUUCCAAAUACUGCCUUCGGGGCUGGCGGCACGUGGCUGGGGAACUUGCUGUUUGCGGUCUCCGCAGGCCUGACGGCGUUCUUCUACACCCGGUGCAUGGUUGACGACCCUGGUUUCGUGCCCAAGCUCAACGGCAUCGCCGAACAGAAGGCCGUGAUUGACGAGCUGAUCAGCCAGUGGAAGUACGACGAUGCUAAUUUCUGCGUUACCUGCAUGAUCCGGACCCCCCUCCGAAGUAAACAUUGUCGCAGGUGUCAGCGCUGCGUGGCCAAGCAUGACCACCACUGCCCGUGGGUCUACAACUGCAUCGGCGUCAACAACCACCGGCACUUCUUCAUCUACCUGAUCAGCCUCACGUUCGGCGUCCUCAGCUACGACUACCUCAUCUACCGCUAUCUCACCUCCGUGAGCACCGCGGCCUCCGACCAGUGCAACAUCCUCUCCCCGGCCCUCUGCCGCGUCGUCAACGCCGACGCCUACAGCCUGCUCCUCGCCAUCUGGGCCUCCCUGCAGCUGACCUGGGUCUCGAUGCUGCUCUUCGUGCAGUGCAUCCAGGUCGCCCGCGCCAUGACCACGUACGAGAACAUGUUCGGCGUCGGCCCGCGCUCCACCGCCGCCCUCGCCAGCGCCUUCACCUCCACCGGCGCCCCGCUCGACCCUUCCGCCGCCUCCUCCUCCUCCUCCGGCAUCACCCCCACCACCGCGCCGGCCCCGCCUACCGACUCCGACCUCGGCUCGCACGGCCACCACCACCACGGCCACGGCCACGGCCGGCGCGGCGGCUUCCUCAAGACCUGGGGCAGGCUGCUCGGCGUCGACACCUUCAUCGAGACGGCGCGCGGCCGCGGCGCCGCCACCGGCGCCGCCGGCAAGCGCCGCGUGCGCAACCCCUACAGCCGCGGCUGCGUCGCCAACUGCAAGGAUUUCUGGUGCGAUCCCGCGCCCGUGUUUGGGCGUCGCGAGAAUGGCGCCGCCGUGCUCGGUGGCGUGCCGGUGAAUUACACCGACAUGUACGAGAGUCCGACCGUGAUGGAGAUUUUGGCUGGUGGUAGUGGCAGUGGUGGUGGUGGCGGUGGUACGCGCAGGGCGGGUGGUUAUGAGGCUGUUUCUGGGGAGGAGGUUUGAUUUCGCACCGCUGUGAGAGGGGUGGCGGU